CGGGGGGAGGCCGGGCCGGGCCGCCCGGGGCCGGGCCGGGCCGGGGCCGAACGGCGGCGGCGGCGGCGGCGGGGCCAUGGGGAACCUGUUCGGGAGGAAGCGGCGCAGCCGCGUCACGGAGCAGGACAAGGCCGUGCUGCAGCUGAAGCAGCAGCGCGACAAGCUGAGGCAGUACCAGAAGCGGAUCAGCCUCAACCUGGAGCGGGAGCGAGCGCUGGCCCGGCAGCUGCUGAAGGAGGGCAAGAAAGAAAAAGCCCUGCUCUUGCUGAAGAAGAAGCGCUACCAAGAGCAGCUUCUGGACAGAACGGAUAACCAGAUCAGCAACUUGGAGCGGAUGGUCCAGGAUAUCGAGUUCACCCAGAUCGAAAUGAAGGUCAUCGAGGGUCUGAAAAUAGGCAACGAAUGUCUGAACAAGAUGCACCAGGUUAUGUCAAUAGAAGAAGUGGAAAGAAUAAUAGGUGAAACCCAAGAUGCUGUGGAGUACCAGAGGCAAAUAGAUGAGCUACUGGCUGGCAGCCUGACUGAGGAAGAUGAAGAUGCCAUUCUAGAAGAAUUAAACACUAUUACUCAGGAACAGCUGGAGCUUCCAGAAGUUCCUUCUGAGCCACUCCCGGAAGAGAUCGCAGAACCAACACCAAUCAAGAACAGGCCAAAACCAGAGCUUGUGGCAGCAUCCUAACUCCCACUUCUGGGGAUUCCCCCAUAACUUUCACCCAGGACAGUUUGCCAUCCCAGCCUGUGCUGGGAACAAGCAAUGCCUUGGCAGCAUCCCAGCUGUGCUGGGCGGAUUGUGGAGCAGGAUUCCCUGCGCAGGGUGGGGAACCUCAGCUGGUUGACUAUUGCUCUUGUAUCAAGAUUAUUUUCUAGUGCUUUCUUUUUUUGUAACUUAAAUUCUGAACUCACUCAGCUGCGCUGUCUCGGGAUUAAAUAACAACUCUCAAACUUCCAAA